CUUGCGGAAGAUGUGGUGUUGAAUUUUUGAAUUUUUCUACUCUACUUAAUAAAAAAAUGCCGCAAGAAUUUCAGGUACUUCGUUGCUUUAAUUGUGAAAAAUUUCAAGUACAUCAGACUAAAAAAGCUAAAAAAUGGAUUUGCAAAGUUUGUGGAGAGAAGCAAAGUUACAUUCGUAUUUAUUUCACUGGAUCUGCACCACAAUGCCGUUCUAUUGUUCAAGAAAACAACUUCAAGGCAGGUGAAAUGGAAAUUUCACAAAUAUUAGCAGAAAGUCCAAAUUAUUUUCCGGAAAAUAAUCAAAUUGAAAAUGAAUUUGAUGAUGAGCUAAGUCCUUAUAAUCAUGCUUCUAAAAAGUUGAAAUCUGAAAUGGAAACGUCUAUUGCAACAGAAUAUUUCCAAUUGGAUUUAGCUUGUUUUUCUGAGGAGGAAAAUUCUUUUAUCAAUGAAAGCUGUGGAACAGGUGAUUAUUACAAACAAACAAAUGUAAAUCAAGUACUCCCGAAAAAACUGGACUUAAUACAAAAACAGCCAUUGGCUACUGAAAAUAGUAAUUCGAAAGAGCUUCUUCCACGUAGUACCUGUAACAAAAUUGACUCCUAUCUAAAGCCAGAAAUACCAAAAAUUAAACCACAAUUAGUAAAAAAUCGAGGGUUUCAAAAAAUAUUAAAAGCAGCUGAAAAGUUCAAUUAACAUUUGUUUCUUUUUGUUCUAAUCAACAAUUAAAGCUUUGUAUAAAACUUUUUGUUUUUCCAGUGAAUUUCAUGUUCAGUUUCAUUUAUAAUUUACUUAUUUCUUGUUUGCAUAAUAAACAAAGCUAUAUUUGGUA